AACACGCACACAUUUCUCCGUAUUACUCUCCACUCUUUUUGGCCUUUUUCUGUUUGUUUCCCUAGAAACCAAUAAAAACAGAUUCUCCCGGCAAAAAAUCAUUCCAUGGCGACUGUACUCAGAAAAGCAUGGGAUACGAUAUUAAACCGGGCGAGUUCAAGCUCUAACUCACUGAGUCGCAAUCCGAGUUACACGGAAUCAUCAUCGACGGAAGCAUCGCUAGGAGAAUUCGAUCGAAUUCCGAUGGAUAUAGUGAUUCAAAUAGUGAAAUCAUUAGGUCCAAAAGAAGCUACGAGAUUGAGCGUAUUAUGCAAGUCGUGGAGAUCGGUCGUAUCUGAUAAUCGCCUCUGGAUUUACUUUCUGCAGAAUUAUCACGAGUCGUGGGACUCGGUGUUCUUCUCCGAAACUCAGCUCCGAUCUGGUUAUCCGAUCCAGACGUACAGUACUCUAAUGUCAACGGAAUUGUCAUUUAGGCGUAUUUAUGGUCAGCGAGAACAAGUUCCUGGUUGUGUUAUUAUUGAUGGUGGUUCAGGGUAUUGUAAGUUUGGUUGGAGCAAAUAUGCGUGUCCAUCGGGACGGUCAGCUACAUUUUUGGAAUUUGGUAACAUCGAGUCCCCAAUGUACUCUAGGCUUCGCCAUUUUUAUGCUACUAUCUAUAGCAGAAUGCAGGUAAGAACAUCUACACAGCCAAUUGUUGUGUCCCUUCCAAUUUGUCAUUAUGAUGACACUGAAGCUGCCAAAGCAUCUAGACGACAGUUAAAAGCUGCAAUAAAAGCUGCACUAUUUGACAUGAAUGCUCCGGCUGUCUGUGCUAUUAAUCAGUCAACUUUAGCACUCUUUGCUGCUCGGCGAACUUCAGGAAUUGCUGUUAAUAUUGGUUUUCAAGUCACAUCUGUGGUACCAAUUUUAAAUGGCAAAGUAAUGCGCAAGGUGGGUGUAGAAGUCAUUGGUAUCGGAGCACUGAAGGUUACAGGGUUCCUUAGAGAACAAAUGCAACAGAACAACAUUAGCUUUGAAUCACUGUACACUAUUCGCGCACUGAAAGAGAACCUUUGUUAUGUAGCUAAUGAUUAUGAAGCUGAGCUAUCGAAAGACACAAAAGCAUCAUUAGAAGUCCAGGGUGAAGGACAGUUUACUCUAUCAAAAGAACGUUUUAAAACAGGGGAGAUCUUGUUUCAGCCACGUUUGGCAGGAGUGCGUGCAAUGGGUUUGCACCAGGCAGUAGCACUUUGCAUGGACCACUGUCAUGCUGCGGAAUUGACUGCAGAUGAAUCUUGGUACAAGACUGUCGUUUUGUCAGGAGGUACCGCAUGUUUGCCAGGCCUAGCAGAGAGGCUAGAGAAAGAAUUAUGUGGACAGCUUCCUGAAUCUAUUAGCCAUGGGAUAAGAGUUAUUCCUCCGCCCUACGGUGGAGACACCGCAUGGUUUGGAGCUAAGCUUAUAAGCAAUUUGAGCACCUUCCCUAAUACAUGGUGUGUGACAAAGAAGCAAUUUAAACAGAAAUCAAGAUUUAACCUGGCAUGGUAACUGCAUUUUUCCCAGGUGGAAGACCUUUCGAGGUUUUUUCUCGUAUUAUUAGAAUAUCAAGUCGUAAAUAUUUGUAUAAUUUAUCCACUUUUCUUUUUCUUGUAAACUGUAUUCCUGCUAUUACCAAUUUGAGCAAUAAACGGUCGAGUUAUACUAAUCAUCAUUGUAAGAAAUGUAUGUUAUUUUUGGACAAUAAGGAUUUAUUUAAAUUCAAUAUAAUAUACUUUAUAGGAA